AGCAGCGGUACAGCGUGUGGAUCUCAUCGCGCAAUGAAAGCUCACUGCAUCUAAACAAACUUCUAUUUAUUUGAUUUUAACAACGCAAUGGGGGAGUUUAAGGUUCACCGUGUCCGCUUCUUCGACUACAUGCCCUCAGCUAUCCGAGCUUUGGCCUAUGAACCGCAAUGUGAAAGGAUCGCAUUGGCAAGGACGGAUGGAUCUGUGGAGAUUUUUAACCAGGCUGACAGCUUUUUUCAGGAAAAGGUUAUCCCUGGUCGAGAACAGUGCUCCACUGAGGCUCUGACCUGGGUUGGAGGGCGUCUCUUCAGUGCAGGCCUAAAUGGAGAGAUUGUUGAGUAUGAUUUAGAUAACAACAGGGUCAAGUACACGAUAGAUGCAUACGGAGGUCCAGUAUGGACCAUUGCAAGUAACAAACAAGGAACUCAUCUGGCAGUUGGUUGUGAGGAUGGAACUGUGAAACUGUUUGAACUGUGUGAAGGUAGAAUCCAAUUCGAAAGAAAUCUGGGCAAGCAAAAAGGACGCAUUAUCUCCCUUUCCUGGCAUUCUUCAGGCACAAGAAUUGCUGUCGGAAUGAUGGACAUGAUACGUAUUUUAGACACUGAAACAGGUCAGUCAGUACACAGGAUGCUGGUUGAACGUGGAAUAGGAACAUCGAAGAGUAAGGAGUGUGUAGUAUGGAGCGUGGUUUACCUCUCGGAUGGCACCAUCAUCAGUGGAGAUUCGUCUGGGAAGGUUAAGAUAUGGGAUGGACACACAGGGACUCUCAUUAAAAGCCACCAGAUUACCAAAUGGGAUGUGCUGACAUUAUCAGUUUCACAGGAUGAAACCAGUGUUGUUGCAGGUACAUCAGAAGGAACAGUGGUUCAGUUCCAGUUCAUCUCUUUUGUUCUUGGACAAGAGGGGAAAGAGUGGGUCCGUACCAGAACCUUCAAAAACCACACGCAUGAUGUCCGAGCUGUGCUGGAGAUCAACACGGCAGUCAUAUCAGGAGGGAUGGACACACAGUUUGUGGUGAGGCCUCUGUUGGACAAAAUUGAUGUGAAGACACCAGCUACGGCCUUGCGCAAAAUUCAUUUUCCACAUCGCCGUUUGGUGUCUUGUGCCAAGAAAGCCGGCCUGCUGCUUUUUCAGUAUCCAAGCCAUUUGGAACUCUGGAGACUAGGAGAGAGUGAUGGACACGGGAUUCCUGGUAACAGUUUACAUAUUAAAAGAAAUCCAGAGAAAUUACUCCAUUUAAAGGCGAAGGGUGAAGAGCAUAUUUGCUGCAGUUCUGUGUCUCCGUGUGGAGAGUGGGUCGCGUUCUCUACGGUGGCCAGUUUACGACUCUACAGACUACACAGUGACAACAACAACGUCAGUAUCACUAAGGUGUCUAAGCUCCCGAAGGUUCUAAGCUCAGCCAAUCAGCUUUGCUUCUCUUUAGACUCCUCUCACCUGUUUGCAGCUUCCACUGGCUCUGCAGUUCACAUGAUAGCUUUGAGCCAAACCACCUGCAAGUUUGUUAGCACCCUCAAGCCUACGUCAGGCUCUGGUCAGGCUAUUCAUCUGUUAGCAGUAAGUGAGGAUGGAAAAUGGCUGGCCUCAGCAAACAGUGACCAUGAAGUUGUAGUCUACAACCUGAAGAAGAAGAAUGUACACUGUACAUUGCCUGUUUAUAACUCUGGAGUUAGUGCCAUGGCCAUUCACCCAACAACGAACAACCUCUUCAUGGUGCAUGCAGAUCAUCAGUUGUUUGAGUACAGCAUAGAAGAGAAACAGUACACUGAUUGGAGCCGACUGGUACAAAGAAACGGCCUUCAUUACCUGUGGCUGGAGAGAGACACACCGGUCACUAAUGUGACCUUCAGUACCAAAAACCCUGCCCACAUUAUUCUCCAUGACAUGUACAUGUUCUGCCUAAUUGACAAAACGUUGCCUCUUCCUGAUAACAGAUCUCAGUUCUUCAAUCAGCUGACCCUGAGGAGCCUACCGGAGAAGGAUCGACCAUCUCAAAGCCACGCUUUCAAAACCUGCAAGGCGUACAAAGAGCUGCUGUUUGCGGGACUAAUGGAUGAUCAGUCGCUGGUGGUGGUAGAGCGUCCUCUGAUGGACAUUAUUGCAGAACUUCCACCACCAGUCAGACAGAAAAAGUUUGCUACAUAAGUGUGUGUAUGUGUGUGUGAGAGAGAUUGUGAAGAUCAUUCAUCUGCUUUGUAUUGUUCAAUACAGUAAUAAACAAAAUAUUUACAGUAA